AUGGAGAUUAGAAAGAGAAGUAGGAUUGUUCGUGCGCUGGUAGCCUUGCUUGCCUUGACAUCUGGAGCUGUUACUAUCAUUGCCUCUAUAGCUAAGCUGCAAAACUACAUCAAGUUCUCGCCUGAAAACGACGGUCGGUUGGAUGAAUUUGGUUUCCACCGAUCAUCUCUUGAGGUCUCAGUCGAAGAAUUUGGAUGUAUCUCUCUCAGAUUUUCAGACAUAAAGGAAGACUAUUUUAGCAUAGGCGAGAAAGAGGGACGAGAAGAGAAAGAGAGACUGUAUCUUGAGUUUAUUAUAAACACUCUAGGCCAAAUCUCUCUUCAAAAAGACGAUGAAGGAAUAUCUGAGAAAAAAGAUCUAUCUAGAGAGAAAGAGAACUUGCGGAUCUUAGUUUGUGAGAUCAGAUACAAUAUCUGUAAAAACUCGAAGCUUGCAGGUAUCAAGGGAAAGACAAGCUCGGAUCCCUCUUCAGUAGCGCUAAGGAGGUUUUUGGGACUUGAUAGGAACUUCCUUAGCCACUGUGAUCUUGAGACAGAGGAGACGAAAAAGAUGUUAAAGGUUAUUCAGGGACACUGGCCUUUCCGUUUAGAAGAUGUGGAAUGCAAGGUUUUUGGAAAGACUCUUCCAUUGAAAGGCUAUGUGGCAUCUAUCCUUGCUAACUAUCUCCUUGAGUGCAAAAUAGAAAAGCAGAAGAGGAUGGCAAGAGAUGCAAACAUUCUCAUGAGAAUUGAAACCAGUGGAGAGGUGGAAAACACUAAGCCAAGCGAAUUUGUGAUACUGAAUGAUGGGGAGUGUAUGAGCCCGGAAACAUACAUGAAUAUUGUACGAGAAAUUCUCUUUCUUGCCAAAUACAAAAAUAUCAUUUCUAGCCUGAGUGAAGCAAAAGAGAAUCCCCUGUGUGCUGACGAGUUAUGGUUUCUUCUACAGAAAUGUAAGAACAGCUUUAAUAGGAAUUUGUCUUAUAAGUUCGACCGAAUUCUUGAUAGUAAGCCUCGGGGUAAUCUGGAGGCUGAAAACGGCCAGAAUUGUAAGGUUGAUAAUUCCCUAGCAGGUUUUCUUGGGGUAUCUGAGGACUUUCGAGAUGGGGAACUAAGACAGAUAAAGGAAAAAGACAUAUCUAUUCUUGAACACUACCAGAAUUUUCUCUCCGAGAUGGUUGAUGAGAAGGUCUAUUAUCACAUUCUAGACGCAAAAAAAGCCAUUAAAGUAAAGGAUUAUAUGGCAGUCCUACUACUCAGGAACUAUAAGGACAAAAUAUACAAGCUGGCUGGGGAAAUUGAGAAAAAGAAUGUUUCUUUGGUGAAGAUAAACGGCAGAUCUAUUGAGAUGAGGCGCUAUCUGUGGUUUUUGGUUAGACUUAUGCACAGAGCCGAAUCUUUAAGUAACAGUGCUUCCAACAAAGAACUCAGCAAUGGAUUAAGAAAGUUAAGAGAGAACUUUAUACUUUACAUCGAACUGUUGAUACACGGUAGAAGGAUAGAUCAUCUCGACCCUCCUUCCCGAGCAGUGCUUAGGCUUUUGGGAAAAGGAGAGAUAGAAAGCAUUAAUACAGAAGAUAUAGAGCCUGAGCACAGUUAUAUAUUUGAAAAUGAGGAACUAUGUAUUUCUAGCAGAAAUAAUGUCUUUUCUACAAAGUGUAAUUUGAAUGGAACUGAGGUAUCUCUUGGGAGUUAUGCCGUGAGUGUGAUUUCGAAAUAUCUCAAGGAGUAUGGUAAAUACAACAAAGAAAAAGAGGAUUCAGACUCUAAUGUUUUCAGGAAUGUGAAUGAAGCACUCUCCAUAAGAUACGAGGACGGUAGACCUGUGGGAACGGAAUACUUUGUUAUGGUAAGAAGUAUGUUUAGAAAGGCGUUUUGCUAUGAGUUGGAACAUCUUUUGAGAAAGGCAAUAUUUGACGAUGAGCCUGGAUCUAGUAUAAUCAAGUACUAUCUGGAUUGGAAGAUAAGAAAUAUUGAUGAGUUUUUCCUGAAGGCCUUUCGAAUCACAAUGAACAUCUUUGACCAAGGUGGAAAGAGAGUUCCCUCUCAUGCUGCCAGCAUGAUCGAAAGGAUUUUGGGGAAUGAUGUUUUCUUUAUGGGAAAUAUUCGUCCAAAGCCGAAAGAUGAGAAAUUAUUCAAGUCGAUUUUGUUCCGAUUUCCUCGAAAGUACAAGAAAAUUGAAUGUUAUUUUGGGAAUAAGAAAUUCCGACUAGUUAAUCUUGUUGGCAAGGCGAUUGUGGAGUAUCUUCGAUCCGAUCCCGAUGGACAUGAGGGCCUCUCUCUUGAGCUUGAGAGGAGCUUGGUGCCGGAGACGGCAUCCUAUGAAGAAUGA